CCAAAUUCGUCCAUGCCAUGGAAUGUUGCGAUGGUGUGUGUCGACCGUCCGAGUUUUGGGCGGCGUCGACGGUUCUCAACAAAUCAGACUAUUAUCUUCUGCUAGCGCCCAUAUCCAAGAAUGCGUACCGCGCAUUACCAGGACUCAGAAAUUGCGGAACACGAGGAAACUGUCUCUUGGGACCUCAGAUGAUGAUGGUCAAGAGCCCGGCACGUCUAAUUCACGCACAAACACUCGGGCCAUAAGUGCUCUUCAAGAGAUCCUGACGUCGCCUCCAGUCGUUCCCGACCCUUCCAGGAGACCGACACCCAAUACUAUUCGUUCAUUUUAUAUAUCCGCAAAAGCCCGAGGCCAGUUGUCGCAGCUCGACUCAGGAAUACUUAGUGCUUUGAUUGGUCUUUUUGGGUCCUUGUCUGUCGACCCAUCAAGAAGAUGUGUGUAUACUAGUUCACUCCUUCCCCAUGUGAAAAAUGGUCCCGUACCUCGUGACUACUGGGCAUUCGCGAAGGAGGUUGUAUCAUUUAAGCAGGAGAGGGGCAUGACUGCUUUGGCAAGCAUUACCCUCUCCAAAGAUGGCCAGCUCGGUUAUACGCACGCAUCUAAUCGCUCUCUUUUCCGCGCACGACAACAAUAUCUCCACCUUUCUCGGCACGUUUUCGAUCCAGAGGUUCAUGUUCCCUAUUUGAAAUCGCUCGUGUCGAGCACAGAUCCCCGUCACAAGCAAUGGGCUGUUGAUGCGAUGUCAUCCAUCAUUCUCACCCAUCCAUUUCUCCAUACAAAAGUGCUGGAAGUGUUGUGGGAGAUCGUUCAUGGCGCAGAUGCUCCUAUUUCAACCCGGGUCACUCAUUUUCCGUCGUCGUGCGGGGAUACUCCAUCACCUCAUAUUACAGCUGUACCCGUUGAUGCUACCACCAUAACAUCCGCUCUUUCGACAUUUCCGUUACCUGUACCAGGUGCCUCUGCGCAUGCGAAGCCCAUCACGGAGUUGCUGCACGAGGCUUUUUCAUCCAACACUCCAAUGGUUCACCGGCGGAGCAACCUACUCCUAUGUUCUCUGCUGUACAGCUGCAACAGCAAUGGAAUUCCUAUUUCAUCGCUCGAUUUUCCUCCGGAUCGAGGUGCAUCAAUGUGGAAGACCCUGUUUGCCCUUGCGAUUCUUGAAAAGGUUACGCGAGCCGCGGGUGCAGCUCAUCUUCAUGAUCCUGCCCUCCGCGGACGUAUUCAAGUGAUGAUACCGACUUCUAUUUUUCGCCUCGCUGGUGCGGUAGCCGAUACGAAACUAGUCGAAGCAUGCCUGGAAUCGAGUACAACCUUCGAGCUUUGGACCAGAAAUUCUUCAGAUGCUGUGGAGGAACCGCAAUUGACAGCAAUGGCAGCGAUGCAUCUUGCUGCCUUGGUGCAAGUCCGGGGGUGUAGAGCGGAAUUGGUCAUGAAGACGUUGAGUUUUUACUCGACUGACGUCAAGCACCAUAGUGUCAUCGUGUCUGCGGCUGUCAAGGAUCUUAUUCAUCGUGAUGUUGAGCUCGGCCGCAUGUUGUACAACAUUGCAGACCGUAGUGGACGCGACAUCGACGUCGAUAUCGCAUAUGCCCUUGCCAGAGCACUCCCACCUCCUCAUGCUGUGCGUUUCCUCAAGAAUGAACGAUUCUCCCGAGAACAAGUAGGAGGCCUCCUAAGCAGUAUUGCUCGUGGCCUCAGGGAGAUCAGGCAUCGACGUUACGAUGCAGAUCUUUUCGAUGACAUUGGCGUUUCCCUCUACAACCUAUACGCGACCUCACCUCCCCCCGAUCACUUCCGUGGGCAUCUCCAGCUUCUUCUAGCCGAGCAAUGCACGCGAGGCAGAGGGUUCCAGACCACGGCUAUUAUCGCUAACGUUAUCAAAUUCCACUCGACCUUCUUUCAACCCUCGUUCUUGAUGCAGCUGAUUCGCCUCUUUUUGCACCGCAAGCAAUUUGUUUGCGCGUCGAGAAUUCAGAGAAUUUACGUUGACGCACGCGAGGGAUGUGUCGUCAACAGACGCCGCAUGGUCAUCGCACGCCUUUGGGCGGCAGGCAGUAGACGCCUAUCCACGAAUAUUUAUUUGCCAGGUCGCAAGUUAAAUACCUUGUUUCGAGGUGGCCGUUUCUGGACAGCAGGGACUUUAACCAACAGUCCAACGAGCAGUGGCCCAGUGUUCAACAGAGUUCUUCAAAGUUUAAUCUAUGAUAGGCGAGCGCAUGCCGCAAGGGUCGCCUUUAGUCGUGCUGCAAGCAGGGUAGACGCGAAAAGUCGGACGACCCUAGGCAACACACUUUUACACGGUGUCCUCAUUCGACCAGUCCCAAGAAACGGCAGACGCGUCCGCAAGCUUCUUGGACUCCUUGACAACCUCGUCAGCUGCCACCAGUUCGCGCCUGAUAGAAUUACCGUCAACAUCAUUCUCAAGGCGCUGAUAGCCUGGAGGACUGCAUUCGAUUACCGACGCCUACGUGCACUGUUCGACCACAUGGUCUGCGGUGGAUACCCAGCGGGUGCUUAUUCCCCUUCCCACCCGCCCUUUGGCACCCCGCCUCUGCGCACCGGCGGAACUCUCGCGCUGUCGAAGCUUCCGGCCUAUAUAUCGUUUGAGAAGCAUGCGAAACCGAUGCUCAAGAUGUUCAUCAAGGGAUUUUAUCUACGGAAUGAUGUGGAGGCUGCGCGUACGGUGGUAGAGAUUUUGAAGACUGAGCAGCAGAAGGCUACUUUGCAGAGAGAGCGGCGGUCGGCGGCACGUUUGAAAGGGCGGAUGAAAGCAGAGAGUACAAGCCGAAGGGAUGAUACGACUCAUGUUCAUAAUGAUGAAUCAUAAUAGACUUUUGCUUGUCACUUUUGAG